AUGCCCAAGAAUAAAGGUAAAGAAGGUAAAAACAGAUGCGAGGGUAAGAAUGAGAAGGAGUCUGAAAAAGGAGAAUUGGUAUUGAAAGAAGAUUGGCAAGAGUAUGCUCAGGUAAUAAACAUGUUGGGAAAUGGACAAUUCAAAGCAGUGUGUUUUGACGGUGUAAAGAGGUUAGGCCAUAUCAGAGGAAAACUGAGAAAGAAGGUUUGGAUAAAGACCUCAGACAUCAUAUUGGUUGAUCACCGAGACUAUCAGGAUAACACAGCUGAUGUCAUCUUAGUGUACAAUGCAGAUGAAGCUAGAAGUCUGGAGGCCUAUGGUGAGCUUCCAGAACAUGCUAAAAUUAAUGAAACAGAUACAUUUGGCUCUGGAGAUGAUGAUGAAAUCCAAUUUGAUGAUAUUGGAGAUGAUGAUGAUGAACACAUUGAUGAUAUUUAA